AUUUUGUCGCUUUUUUUAAUUUCUCAAAGCGCUUCGGAGCCCACACCAGCAGCUCGGAUGAAUCAAACCUUGGAAAACUCCAGGUUUGCCUUGUAGCCUUGGAAGAAGGACAGAAGGAGGAAUGAUCUCCCGAGCGAAAACCGGCUUUAUAACAGUAGCAAGAGUUGGAAGGGACCUUGGAGGUCAUCUAGUCUGACCCCCUGCUCGCGCAGGAGACUUGGGCUAGGGAUUCGAACUACCGACCUUUCUGAUCGACAAGCUCAGUGUCUUUAGCCACUGAGCCACUUUUUCUAAAAAAAAUAAAAAUACAAGAGUUUCAGUCGGACAAAGGGCCCAGGUAUGUUUCGCCACUGAAGAUUUCAUCCCGUCUCCGAGCUUGGGACCGAAGGCAAAAGCGGCCGCCUCGCUUUACGACAUGGAUCUUACCCACUCUUCUUUGUUCCAAAGCAAGUUUUCGGUCGCCCGCCUGGCGGAGGCGUUUUUCUGGGUCGGCGGGAGCGUCGCAGCAGCGCCCAAGUGGAAGAUGGGCCGAAUUGUGGAAAAAUGUAUGAAUUCCAUGCAAGACGGCACUCAGAUGAUCAAACUCAGGGGCAGCUCCAAAGGUCUCGUCCGUUUCUAUUACCUGGAUGAACACAAGUCGUGCAUUCGCUGGAGGCCCUCGCGAAAAAAUGAAAAGGCGAAAAUCUCCAUAGAUUCCAUCCAGGAAGUGUGCGAAGGGAAGCAGUCGGAGAUCUUCCAGCGCUACAGCGACGGCAGCUUCGAUCCCAACUGCUGCUUCACCAUCUACUAUGGGGACCACAUGGAAUCCCUCGACCUGGUGUCCUCGAACGGAGAGGAAGCGCGGAUGUGGAUCACCGGCCUCAAGUACCUGAUGGCGGGGAUAAGCGAUGAAGACAGCCUGUCCAAACGGCAGAGGACGAGGGACCAGUGGUUGAAGCAAACCUUCGACGAAGCAGAUAAAAACGGCGACGGCAGCCUGAGCAUCAACGAGGUCCUUCAACUGAUGCACAAGCUAAACGUCAAUCUCCCCCGUCAGAAAGUCAAGCAGAUGUUCAAGGACGGAGAAUGCAUUCCCAGGGGCAGGAAAGAGAUGGCGGCAUCCCGGGAUGUCCUCAGCGGGAUCGGCCAUCUCAGUCGUGGAAAACCGUGUUUGAUACAAGUGGAAUGUAGUAGAGACAGGGCAGCUUUGAAUGCAGCUUUGAACCGAUGCACCGUUACGAUGGUCACCGUGUCCCCGGGGUCGUGUGAUCCCCUUUUGCAAUCUUCUGACGAGCAAAAUCCACAGGGAAGCCAGAUCCGCUUCACAGGCGGGUGA